AUGCAACAACAGAAAGCUUUCAGUGAUUGGUUGUCUCCUAAUAAGCCCUCAAUUAGCGCGACUGAUAGCGAUAUCCAGGUCACAAAUACCCCAUACUGUGGCCAAGAAGACCCGAUACAAGAUGGUUCAGAAGGAGAGCUUGCUAUUCCUAUUGGGCACACCACUGCAGCGCAUAAUCUUCUGAGCUGGCCUUCUGUCCAAUCGCUGAUACAUCCACUGAAGAGAAGCGGGGAGUAUGUGAUGGAACUUGAGGCUAAUCGUGGUCUUAUCACCGCCUACGAUGAGGAUGGCGUCGGGAAUCCUUCUGACGACAGUCAAGUACUAGUCCCUCCUGCUACAGAAAACGGAAGACUAGAUAUAGAGCUGUCUGGCCGGUUCAAUGCGAAUUCCAGCACAACUCAACGCUACUACCAGAGCUAUUUGAGCAAUAUCCACAAAGUUCACCCGUUCCUGGACCAAACUGAGCUGAGCAUGCAGGUGGACGACUUCACCCAAUAUUACUGCUCCGAAAAUUUCUCAUCACAGAUACAACCGCGCGUCGAAGGGACCAUUUACAACGCCAUUAUCCUAUUGGUCUUGGCUAUUGGUGCUUUUUGUGAUCAGCCAUCACCGCUCACAUUUCCUAGCACUGACACCCCGAUUGCUGGCCUGUCACUCUACGGAUUUGCAGUUUCCACUUUGGGUCCUUCGCAAGGAGGAACUAACUUGAAACACGCCCAGGCAUGUUUACUUGCGGGAAUUUAUAUUGGCCAAUUUGCACACCCUUUUCAGAGCUAUAGCUGGAUUUCUCAGGCUUCUUGGGUAUGCCAAUUACUCAUUAGGCCAAAACGGUACAGGAUAUUGCAUAGCUCCGUGAAGGACUUAUGCAGGUUCAUUUACUGGACUUGUCUGAAGCUGGAGAGCAACAUACUAGCUGAGCUAGAUCUCCCGCCGAGUGGCCUCUCUCGAUUUGAGAGCCAAAUCGAUCUGCCAACAGAAAAAUCCGCCCUUACUGACAGUCCUGAUUCACCGCUCAUAAGUACAAUGUUGUUCUACUCAGCUCAUAUUCAUCUUCGGAAAAUAUUGAAUCGCGUCCAUACAGAGCUCUACAAAUUUGAUCAUGAAGAGCAAGGGUGGUCUUUAACGGUGCAACAAGCACUAAGCAUGAACCUCGCUCGCUGGCGGGCGAGCCUCCCAUAUAUGAUGAAAUGGGGGGACGACGAGCAACCUGCGACAGAAAUCAACACUGCACGCAUGCGUGCCAAGUUCUACGGUGCCCAAUACAUUAUCUAUCGACCUCUGCUAUACCGUGCUCUCCACUCACCCCCAGGCGCAAAGGAAGGGCUUCCGCAGCCCCUCCUAGACGCUUGCAAGAUAUGCAUCAAGUCGGCUAUCUUGAAUACAAUGGCGUUUGAUCGAAUCGAAGGUCGCUUAAUAAUUACCAAUAUCUUUGGAACAGCUCAUGGGCAAUUUGGAAAUAUGCUUGUUCUAUCCGCCACUUACAUGUCGAACCUACGAGAGUUGGUUGACAGGGAUUUACUCCAACGCCUUCUUGAGGGGACGAUCCGAUUCUUGCAACAUACGGGGUCUGGUUCGCCAUCCCUACAAGCUGAUAUGGAGAUUCUCACUGAAAUCUACGGAAAGAUCUUUACACCUUCCAUCGGUUCGUAA